CACAUGCACAUUUUACUGCACCACUCCCGCCUUCAUGACUAGAAGGGGUGCCUCUAUAUAAAGUGAGAGUUACUUACACGCAUCGCACGAUACGUAAUUGUGGACGCGAGUGUGGUGUGGCCUUUAAUUUUUUUAAAAAAGGAACUUAAUUUUAUUUUUUUGUGUGUGCAAAAUGUUGAGGCAUUGUGUAACGUUGGCAGUCCUGGGGUGUGUUUUGGCAGCACCCCGCGCUCAGCAUCCCUAUCAGGCGCAACAGCAAGCGCCAGAAGGUAUCCCACCUCAUCUAUUAAGACAAUACCUGGCUGACCAGGGCGGUCCUUCCCCCGCGCAAACUCAAGUUAUCCCCAGACCAGCUCACAUUCCCGGAUCAGCUCCUGCGCCUGCCCGCCUCCCUUACUCGGUCCAAAGCGAAGGUCAAUACCAACCCCAGCCCCAGUACCAACCGCAGCCCCAGCCCCAACCCCAGCAGUACAGACAGCAAUACCAACCCCAGAGACCGCAAGACCCCCGUGAACCCCAGGAAGACUAUGACCCUCAUCCCUCAUACCAGUUCGGCUUCGACGUGAACGACGACCAGUACACCAACUACCAAAACAGGAAGGAGCAGCGCGACGGUGACGUCAUUAAGGGCUCGUACUCGGUAGUCGACAGCGAUGGAUUCAUCAGAACUGUCACUUACACUGCUGACCCCAAAGAGGGUUUCAAGGCUGAGGUACAAAGACAGCCCACAGACAUCGUAGUGAAGAUCCCGACGCCCAAGCCCCAAGCCCUGCAGCCGCAAGUGGCGCCCCAGCCCAGGCCGCAGCAGCCGCACCCAGAAUAUUACCGUUACGAACAUUAAAUUAAUUUAGAUAUUAAGUAAUAAUGUCUACAUGUGUUUGUGUAGCCCGCCAUUAAAUUUCGAACAAAUCGCUACAAUUCCAUUAUAGGUCAAGUCGAUUUAAUGAUCAUUUUGUAACAAUUUAUAUUUAUAUUUUUUUGUAUUGGUAAUCAAUUUCAGGCCCAUUUGUUAGUAAAGCAGGCAGUUAGUACCGGCUUGAAGGUCGGCUAACACGGGUGGGUGCCCAAUUACGGCUCGUAAAUAUCUGAAAAAGUGGAGUUGCUAAAUUUAAUACAGCUCAUUAUAAUUAUAUAGAAAAUUGUUUUUAAAAAAAUGACAAUACCGAGCAAUUAUGAUUUUUCAUUCCUAUUGCCGUUUAGCAAUGAAAUAAUAUUGCAAUUUUAUUUCGAAAGAAUUUAACUUAUUGUGGAAGCCUUAGUAUUUUCGAUUACUGUACCAGUGUACAGAACAGCGUAAAGAACCAGUGUUCUUACAACAUAAAUGACCUAUCAUAAUAUAUUACUAAUGAAUUGGUCCAACUCUCCACAAUGAAACUCAUUCAUGCCCUUACACUACCAUAGAUCAUCAAUCGCCAUUAGUCAUCAUAUUCUUUAAUAAUUAGGUGAUUAUUUCUAAAUUCUGGACUCAUACAUAGAUUCAUCUUUCAACUACUUAGUCACCCAGCAAUUUCAUUUCAUCAUCAGCUCAUUAUU